CCUCAGUUGUGCGCUAAACUUUGCAAACGUCGGGCUAUUCAGUCUGCCGAUCUUUCGUAAAAUCUGUCGAAAAAUCAGCCGAAAUGGAGUCAAUCAACUUGGUGAUCUCUGUAGUCCUGCUGAUGUCAUCGAUAUUCGGGGGAAGCCAAGCAUUGCCCUAUCGCUCCCCUGCAUAUCUCUACAACCAGCAGUUCUGCAUGGAUACAGUGACAGGUCAGAAUCUAUACAUAGGUGAGGUCCUCACGCGAAAGGAUCAUUGCGUCCGGGUCCAGUGCCUGGAAACUUUGCAGCUCUGGGAGGACAGCUGCCAGGUGCCAAAGUUGACGAAGGGCGACUGCAAACCGAUUGCAUCCACGGAGGACGGUACGGAAUAUCCCCGCUGCUGCCCACUGUACGAGUGCAGGAGCUACGAGACGAAUCGCGGGAGCAACCUGGAGCAGAUCAACACGUACGACCACUAUGGAACCCUGCGAUCUUCACAUGUCGCCGAGUUUUUAGUAAUCGACCACAGAGGACGCCCUAAAGAUGAGAUUCCUUCGUCGCCGGCGAGAAAGUACAUGGUGUGAAAAGUGACCUGGAAAUACCACAAAAUGCCCACUGUGCGCACCUAUGAUUAAUUAGUCCUGUAAUAUUUAACUUUGGGAUCGGAAGAAUAAAAAGGAAGGUUAUUGCUGAAUUAGAAUCAACUAAA